AUGAAGGAGCACGAUGAUGAGCAACAGCCCCCAGAAGGUGUUCCUCCUCCACAGGAAGCAAAGGACCCUCACUGUCCACCGGCAUACCCGCGGCAUGAUGCUGCUCCUGCUCCACAGUACGUUCAAAAUCCUCUUCGCCCCACUGAAGAAAUGGGUUGCUUUGAAAAAUGUUAUCAAAUUGAUUCGAUCAACAUGAGCUACUACAAUCAGCAACAGCCUCCAAUUGGAGUUCCUCCCCCUCAAGGGUAUCCAGUAAAGGACCCUUAUCCCCCACCAGGGUACCCUGGACAAAGUUAUCCUCCACCAGGGUACCCUCCCCAAUGCUAUGCUCCUCAGUACGUUCAGCAACCUCCUCCCAGACAAGAAACCGUUUGGCUGCACUCUGUUGCUGUUGCUUACUUGAGGCUUGCUUUUAAGUUCGGAAGAGAAGAAGUAGUCGGUGACAGAAUCGUGCCAUUCUGGGAGGCAGAAUCAGUGUUGUCGUCUAUAUGUUCUCCUUUGUCGCUCCCGAAUGAUUCACUUCUUCUUUGUCCUUCCCUUGAUCAGAGAAAUUCUCGCUCCCUUCAAUCAAGUGGGAGAGAAGGAAGAAGAAGAGAAGGCAAAAUGGGAGCGUGUGGUUAUUGGAAGCCACCCUUGUCUCUGAAAAGCCAUGGGGAAAAAUGGGUUUUCACGUGGCUCCACAACUAUGGUCAAAGCGUAAGGCUUGGUUCCCCUUCUGGGUGGAGGUUGUUAGAGAUGAGAAAAAAGAGAGAGUCAAGGUUUGAGAGGAGAUGCAGGGAGUGUGAGCAAAGCAGUGUCGUGGCGGGGGAAUCAGAUGAAGAAUUCGUGAAGGUUCUCCGCCAAGUUCAACCUUACAUGUCUGCGCAUAUCAAGACCGUGUUUGUUCUUGUCCUGUCUGCGGAAAUUGUUGAUAGUCCUUGUUUGGAUGCCACUCUCAAGGAGAAAUACUAG